CGUCUCCUCUCGCGCAUGCGCUCUGCAGCCAUUCCAGUAUGAAGAGUGCGGCGCAGAAGUAGCGCGAGAGAUGAAGACACCUCCUGACCGGUCAGGAAUCACCUUUGAGGUCGGAGCUCAGCUAGAAGCCCGAGACCGCCACAAGAACUGGUACCAAGCCACGAUCGAGAAAAUCGACUACGACACAGAGCAGGUCCUGGUCCACUACCGCCAGUGGAGCCGUCGGCAUGAUGAGUGGUUUCACUGGACCUCGCCGUACCUGCGGCCGCUGGAGCGAGUCAGCCUGAGGAGGCAGGGCCUGAACCCGCCGUGCUCCCAGCCGAUGUUUGUUUCAGGUACGAAGGUUCUGGCCUGUUGGACAGAUUGUCGUUUCUACCCGGCCAAAAUCCUCAGAGUCAACAGGGACGACUCCUACACGGUGCGUUUCUAUGACGGCGUGGUUCGGACUGUGAAGCCGACAAAGGUCAAGCCUUUUAAAGAAAAGUCCAGAUCUGAGAAGAGCGCGGUGGGAAGCGAGGGAUGGGAGGAAGGGGAGAGCGAGGAGGAGGAGGAGGAGGAUGACGGUGAAGGGAGACGGGGUGAGGAGGAAGAAGAGAAGAAGGAGGGGGAGGGGGAGGAGGAGGAAAUGGAGGAGAAGGUGACAUUAGAGGAGAAAGAAGGAACUGAGGAGGAGGGGGAGAGGAAGAGGAAGGCGGAACCUUCAUCCUCCAAUCCACCAGCAAAGAAGAAAACAGAUGACAGUAGAAGCAGUGGAGAUCAGAAUGAGCCCAUCACGGCUGACUCCACACAGCCAGCUCCUGCUAACCCCGCCCACAUCGACAGAGACGUCCUGUUGGAGCGUCAGGCCCACCUGCCCACCACACACAAGUUCAGCAGAGAACCAUUGUACCGGGUGAUAAAGAACCAGCCGCCUCCCAUUCUCUCCAUUGAGUUGGACCACAACCCCUUCAAGUGUCCUGCAGCGGGCUGCACCAAGUCGUUCAGGAAGGCGAGUCUUCUUCACUACCACAUCAAGUACUACCACUCCGACCAGCAGCUGGACGAGCGAGGCGGCGAGCAGGAGGCCCCGAGGAGGAAGCGGUCAUCUUCUAAGGGGAGCGACUUCAUGUCAGACAGGAAGAACGAGGACCAGAACAGCACCUGUCAUCGUGACGACAGAGAGCGCAGCGCCGCAGGAACAGACGUGAAGAAGGAAGGAGGGGGGGAGAAAGCGGGAGGACAGGACAGAAAGGAGAGGAACAACUUCCUGAGAGUCAAACUAAAGAAGAAGAAAAAGAAGAAGAAGAAGAAGAAAAGUCAGUCAGGGCUUGGCAGCAGCGAUGAUGAGAACUCCGACAAACCUCUGAUCACUCACCAGUCCGCUGAACGUGACAUCACACACGCACAAGCCGACGACGGCAGCGACUGGUCGACGCUGACGGCAGAGAGUGGAGAGGACACGCCCUCCUGGCCUCUUGCUAUGGACACGGAGGAGUGCGAGGUGGUGAGGUGUGUGUGCGAGGUGGACGAGGAGAACGACUUCAUGAUCCAGUGCGAGUCGUGUCUGUGUUGGCAGCAUGGCACCUGCAUGGGUUUAUAUGAAGACAACGUCCCACACAACUACAUCUGCUACUACUGCAGACACACUGCAGGUUGGAGACGAGCUCAGCGUUUCCUGUCAGAACCUGAUUGGCUGAUAUCCGGUCACAUGUUUGGCCUGUCGUGCCUGAAGGAGAACUACUCAGAGAUCAACGCCUCCAAGAUCUCACACACGGGCCGCCUGCUGGCGCACACACACGGCCUCCAUCAGGUCCUCAGCGCGCUGCAGCUCAAAAUCAGCCUGUUGCACUCGCCGCCCCACCCCGACCUGCAGUUGUGGAGGUUGCCGUGGAGACGGGAAGAGGGGUCGAGACUGACGUGCAGCCCGAGAGGGGAGACGCCGCUCUGUUACGUCAGCAGCGAGCACUGCUACCAGAAGCCCGGAGCAUCGUGGGAAAAAGCAGAGCAGAGAGAAAUGGAGAGGCAGACGGCUGCAGUGAAGCAGGAGCAGAAGGAGAUAAAGCCUGAAGACUUCGACAAGAAUCCAGCUGAUGCCUCCACAGACACGCCCGGCAUUAAAAGAGAGAACCACACACAGCACAGCUGCGACCACACGCACGCUCAGACGCACACGCCGGAGCCUCGUCCAGCGUCUGUGGCCGAGUGUCAGCUGAACCUGCUGGAGCAUGUCGAGUCUGUUCACCAUCAGAUCAGUGCCAGGAUGGACGUGAUAGAGCGAGAGCUGGAUGUGUUAGAGUCCUUUUUGGACCACUCGGGCGAGCUUGAGCCUCCCGACCCUUUGUCCCGCCUCCCGCAGCUCAAACAGCGAAUCAAGCGGCUCCUGCGCGACCUGUGCACUGUGAGACGCCUGUCAGUCUGGCGCUGACUCUUUUCACUCCUUAAACUCUUGACAUCUGACCUUUUGACUCUGCAAAGCCACUGCUAGCCAAAGAGACAGACUGACGGCGCUAGCACACGAGUGGACAGACCGGUCGGGAGCGAAGUCGUAGACACUCUGGAGUCUGGAGAGAGAGAAUGAGCGGUUUCUUUCCGCUCAGUCACAGGACAGCGCCCCCUUCUGGUGGAGAAAAGGUGCACUGCGACAGGAAGAGGACGAUCACGUUCUUUUAUAAAGUGGCUGAACAGGUGAUUUUCUUUGUUAAAUAUCACAAAUGUGCCAGAACGUUUCCCAAAACGGCCUCCAGCAGGACUCCACCACAUGGUGACGGCAGGUUUGAUUGUUGAUUGAUUUUUUUGGAUUUGGUUUUUGACGAGCUGCUGUCAUCCAGUGCGUGUUUGGAUCAAUGUUUUACAUCCUGUUGUGUGACACCGUCAAAAUGUAACCGGCUCACUCACAGAUUUUUGAAGACAUGAGGAGGAGGAUUUUAUUUCUCACGGCAGAGAUUUUGUAAGUGUACAGAAAUUGGUAGCUUACUAACUGUAAUAAUUACAUUUUUUAGGUAAAAGAGAAACAAAAUAUUUUCAGAGGGUUUUAAGGUCUGGUCACAGCAGAAAAAAAUUUAUCAAAUAUGUGCUUCUAACAUGUGGUGACCACUAACACACCGGCCGGGCUAACGCUAGUCAGUCAGUCUGCGCUCUGCGCCGUUUACAUCCUUUGUGCCGUUUUGUUGUCUUUCAAUUUAGUCAAUAAAAAGUUAAAGAAGAGCUGAACGAAAAAUCUCCAAGCUAACUAGCCUGCUAACUUGUGGUGAAACUAGUAUCAACUGUUAGUUAACAAGCUAGUUAGCAUGUUCGCUAAUGUGACUUAGGCAGCGUUGUUGAAACCAGCGUGAGACAGCUCAUACACAUACUACAGUCCUGCCACAGAUGGCGGAUUUGUGGCGUCCGGAGCAUUUGAUUUAUAUAUUUUGCAGUUGGUAUGUAAAGAGAAUUUCAACAAAGGCUUCCUAAAUAAAUUGCCUGCCACAGCUUUAACUGACAGAGGAGCUCCAGUAAAGCUCGACAGCUAAUAAGCUACAGCAGCCUCUUCCAUUUUGGACUCUCCUUUCGAGUUACGUUCACGAAAUCCAUCAGUGUCAGCGAUUCCUUUUGACAGUUCUGGACUUUGCAGCAAAAUGUCAGUGUGAGGGUCUAGGGCCAUCAGAGGACGUGUUGAAGCAGGAAUUGAAAGCUCUAAAGCGGAAACAUCGCACACAUCAUCGCCCCUCUCCAGCAGUGAGAAGUCACCCAAAUGAAGUUUGGAAAGGUUGAAAUUAUUUGAACCGGACUUGUUCGCACACGUUAGACAGUUUUUCCUGUCUUUACAAAGAAACAUAUUCACGACGCUUCGUUUUAAUGAUCAUUUCAGUUCAUUCUUGACUUUUUGGGAACAUGAUCUGUAACAUACAACGUUUAGCAGACAGCUGGUUUGUAAUAAGUGCUCAUGUGUUUUAUUUUUUCUGUUUUAAUAUCAAGACGUUUGAACCUUCUGACGAACUCUGAACAUAUGUAUGUAGAGAUAAUAAAUAACAGAUGGAGGUGUCCUGCUGGUGCUUUUAAGCAUUGAUAGAAAUUCUCUAAAAUACUGUUUUCCAUAAAAGCCACAAAAAACAUGUUAAAAUGUAAAUAUGUCAAAUUGAAUGUUUUAUAUACACUUGUAUAAGAAACUAACUGUAUAAAGCUGUAGAUUUAUUUUGCUAGAAACAGAGCUUCUGUUGCUUCUCUUGUUUUAACGUUAUUAUCAGUUCAGCCGAGGUGAAUUCAGCUCCAGAUGGUGCGUUCAGGCGGUCCUCCGCAGCUCGGACAAUUCAUGAUUUGCAAUAUACAGUGGCGUCUGUUCAUCUAAUAUAUCCACCUGAGUGUGAACACGUGUUGUGAUCCUUUUGUAGUUUUGUGAGUGGUCGAGGACCAACCUGAAAGUUCACGCAAAGUUUAAGCUUCAAAGUCAAAAAUCAAAGGUUUCUUUUUUACAUUCGAUCUUCGUUAAAAGCAUGAAGACAACGUUGACUUUCAUCAGCUACCAACCAAACUCUGUAGCAUUUUCUGAAUAUUAAAGAAAAUUAAAACAAUGUGA